GAGCCCCGGGGCCAGGGCCGGGGGCCUCCAGGACACAGACCGGCUGCGGGCCAGCAGGAGGGAGGGUGACGGGGCCCCCGGGACCGGGCCCGGGGACGGGACAGCUGAGGCGGAGAGCUGGGUGGGGGCCCAGACCCCGAGGGCCGAGGGGAGCCCGCGCACCUCCGCUCCCUGCCCUGCCCCUCCGAGGGGGCGGGGCCCUUAUCGGGAGGAGACAGCACCGUUUGGUAUCAGAUGCCAAAGUCUAAGUCAUCUGCGAUGGCCCCGGUGACCCCUGACAGAGGAGGUCCCGGGUUCCAGCUCCCAGCCACUUGGGGCCGAGCCUCAGCACCUCCGCCGGGGCCACCCACCAGGCCUGCCUGCAGCCGGACGGUGAGGGAGCCGGCCGCCGGCUCUGCUCUGCCCCCACACCGGACUGGGCUUACUGACCGCGGCCUGAGAUCCGGGCUCGGGCCUGGGUCUGUCCUCGCCGGAAUCCAUGCGGAGCUCUCUCCCCGGGGGCCAGGUCAGCCCCCCGGCCCUGGACACGCUUAGCCUGGCGGACCGGAGCCCAGGAGAUGCAGGGACCUCCAGCUCCGCCCCCGCCCUGGACCCCUGGGCCCUCCCCCAGCUGAAGGACACGGGCCAGCCCUGGACAGAGCUCGGCGCAGCCGGCAGGGCCCAGCGGGUGCUGCUGGGCCUCCUCAAGGCCUGCGGGCUCCUGGGCAGCCUCUACCUCUUCGUCUGCUCCCUGGACAUCCUCAGCUCCGCCUUCCAGCUGCUGGGCAGCAAGGUGGCUGGGGACAUCUUCAAGGACAACGUGGUGCUGUCCAACCCCGUGGCCGGGCUGGUCAUCGGCGUGCUGGUCACCGUGCUGGUCCAGAGCUCCAGCACGUCCUCCUCCAUCGUGGUCAGCAUGGUGGCCUCCAACUUGCUGCGCGUCCGGGAGUCUGUGCCCAUCGUCAUGGGGGUCAACGUGGGCACCUCGGUCACCAGCACGCUGGUCUCCAUGGCGCAGUCGGGGGACCGGGACGAGUUCCGGAGGGCCUUCGGCGGCUCCGCCGUGCAUGGCGUCUUCAACUGGCUCACCGCGCUGGUCCUGCUGCCGCUGGAGAGCGCGCUGGCCCCGCUGGAGAGGCUCAGCGCGCUGGCCCUGCGGGCGGCCAGCCUGCAGCCCGGGGCGCAGGCGCCCGACAUCCUCAAGGUGCUGACGCAGCCGCUCACCCACCUCAUCGUGCAGCUGGACGCUGACGCGAUCGCCAACAGCGCCACGCGCAACGCCACCAACGGCAGCCUCAUCAAGCACUGGUGUGGCGCCAGGGAGCCCGCGAUCCCAGGGAACAGCAGCGACUGCGGGGCGGCGUCCCCGGGCCCCUGCCCCAAGACCAACGGCUCCACCACGGCGGAGCAGCUGCCCUGCCACCACCUGUUCUCGGGCACGGCGCUCUCGGACCUGGCCGUGGGCCUCAUCCUGCUGGCCGGCUCCCUGCUCGUCCUCUGCUCCUGCCUCGUGCUCGUCGUCAAGCUGCUCAACUCGCUGCUGCGCGGCCGCAUCGCCCAGGCCGUGCGCACCGUCAUCAACGCCGACUUCCCCUUCCCGUUCGGCUGGCUCAGCGGCUACCUGGCCAUCCUGGUGGGCGCCGGCAUGACCUUCGUGCUGCAGAGCAGCAGCGUCUUCACGGCCGCCAUUGUGCCGCUCAUGGGCGUGGGGGUGAUCAGCCUGGAGCGGGCCUACCCUCUCUUGCUGGGCUCCAACAUCGGAACCACCACCACGGCUCGGCUUGCCGCCCUGGCCAGCCCCCCGAGAAUGCUGCCCAGCGCGCUCCAGGUGGCCCUGAUCCACUUCUUCUUCAACGCGGCCGGCAUCCUGCUGUGGUACGCGGCGCCCCCGCUGCGGCUGCCCAUCCCGCUGGCCCGGCGCUUCGGGGACCUGACGGCCCGCUUCCGCUGGGUGGCGGCGGCCUACCUGCUGCUCAGCUUCCUGCUGCUGCCGCUCGCCGCCUUCGGGCUCUCGCUGGCGGGCCCGGCGGUGCUGGCGGGGGUGGCGGGGCCGCCGCUGGCGCUGCUGCUGCUCGCCGCCCUGGUCACCGCGCUGCAGCGGCGCCGGCCGGCCUGGCUGCCCCGCGCGCUGCGCUCCUGGGCCUGGCUGCCCCGCCCGCUGCGCUCGCUGCAGCCCUGGGACCGCCUGCUGCGGCGCUGCUGCCCCUGCGGGCCCGCGCCGGCCGCCGCCAAGGGGAACCACUGCUACGACAACCCCCAGGGCCCCGAGGGCCCCGAGGGCCCCGCGGUGCUGGCCUCCCAGCGGCUGUGAGGCCCCCGCCCCGCACGGAGCUGGGGGCGCCCCGGGGGUCCCCGGAGCUGCGGACUUUGGCGCCGGCGGGCGCGCCUUCCAGCAAUAAACGCGGCUGGGACCC